AUGACAUCGCCCCCUGAGAACGAGACACCUUUCAGCUCGCCAGCACCAACAGUAAACAGGACAAACACUCUCAGUAUGGAGGAGGGGAGAAGCACUUCUCCUGAUGAUGAAUAUUGUAAACCUUAUACAGAGAAGGAGGAGAGAGAGCAUAGGACUAUUUGGGGACAGAUAAGGGCGGCACUUUUCAACAGUUGGAUUAAUGUGCUACUGAUAUUUGCCCCCGCGGGUAUCGCGACACAUUUCGCUGGUGUAAAUGCGACUGUUGUAUUUGUAUUGAAUUUCAUAGCUAUCAUACCUCUAGCGGCGCUGUUAUCAUAUGGUACAGAAGAGAUUGCGCUAUAUUUUGGUGAAGUGACAGGAGGCCUUCUGAACGCGAGUUUUGGGAACGCGGUUGAACUUAUUGUUUCGAUUAUUGCAUUGACCAAACAUGAGAUCGUUAUUGUGCAAACCUCUCUGAUUGGAAGUAUUUUAAGUAACUUACUUCUAGUGCUCGGCAUGGCAUUCGUCGCCGGUGGUUUCAACCGCGUUGAACAAAACUUUAACACUACCGUCGCCCAAACAGCCUCCUCCCUCCUCGCCCUCGCUGUUGGCUCUUUGAUUGUCCCUACCGCCUUCCACCUUGCCUCCAGCGCCGGUGAUGUCGGCAUCACCGAGCUUUCCCGUGGAACAGCGAUCAUACUCCUCCUUGUGUACGGGGCAUAUCUCUUCUUCCAGCUCAGAUCACACACCAAUCUCUACAAUGAACCCUCCGCCAAAGCUCCCAAGCGUAACAAGGCUGUCGCACCUGUCAAAUCACUCGUUGAGUCUUCAGCAAACACCAGCCAUGGGGUUGUCAUGGGGAAGCCGAAGCCGAGUGUUGAAGAUAAACCGGAGACGGCAGAGCUCUCCCUCUGGGCGGCGGCCAUUCUCCUUGUAAGCUCGACAGUGCUGGUCGCAAUCUGUGCGGAAUGCCUGGUAGACUCGAUCGACCAUGUCGUGACCUCUGCAGGCAUCUCUAGAGUCUUUGUCGGAUUGAUUCUUCUACCAAUUGUUGGAAACGCGGCGGAGCAUGCUACGGCGGUUACUGUUGCGGUUAAGGAUAAGAUGGAUCUGAGCAUUGGUGUCGCUGUAGGGAGUAGCAUGCAGAUUGCACUACUUGUUAUUCCGUUUAUUGUGGUUCUGGGAUGGAUCAUGGGUAUUGACGAGAUGACCCUGUACUUUGACGGGUUCCAGGUUAUGAUCCUGUUUAUAGCGAUAUUAUUGGUAAACUAUCUGAUCCAGGAUGGAAAAUCAAACUACCUUGAAGGUGUCCUGUUAGUGGCGCUUUAUUUGAUAAUUUGUCUAGCUUCGUGGUUCUACCCUGUCGAUGGUACCCUUGCGCAGAAUAUCGAGGGAAGCGAUUAA